CAUAUUCGCACUCCGCUUGCUUUGGGUUGGCUGGCGGCGACGGCGAAGUCAAGUGUGGUGCACUCGCAAGCUUCGGAGCUCGGCGGGGUCGCUACAGCGCGCUCACCGAUUCCUUUUUCUUCGAGAUACGUCGGAAAAAUGAGCGAUGAAGAGAGAGACGUGGACAUAGAAAGCGACGGUGAAGAGGCGGACAAGAGGGCGCACCACAAUGCUCUGGAGCGCCGGCGCCGGGACCACAUCAAGUACAGCUUCAGCAGCCUCCGGGAUGCCGUGCCCUCGCUCCAGGGAGAGAAGAAUGGCUCCUCCUCUUCAAAGACGGCGCCUAAGGCCUCGCGCGCCCAGAUUCUGAAGAAGGCGGCGGACUACAUCCAGACGAUGAGGCGGAAGAACACGGCCCACCUCCAGGACAUCGAGGACCUCAAGCGGCAGAACAAGCUGCUCGAGGACCAAAUCCGUUCCCUGGAGAAGACCAAGGUGGCCAGCAGCGGCUACUCAUCUGGAUCCAUGCUGGACUCUGUGAACAUCAAGGGCGAGUCCAUCUCUGCCUUCGACGGCGGCUCGGGCUCCGAGAGCUCCGAGGACACGGACAACUCUUCGCGGGGGUCCCGCAAGAAGCUCAAGACCAGCCCCAACUCAACCCCCCUCCACUCUUAGUGGGAAGGGAGCGAGGCUAAUUGUACGGAACGGACCCCCGCUUUGCCCUCGCACCACCAGUAACCACAAAGUGCCCCCCCUGUCCCGCCAUCGCCGGUAGUUUCCCUCCAUCUGUGACUCGUAGACCAGUUGUGGUUACCAGGGCCUGUCGGAGGACACUCGGCUCUGGUUGGGCGUCGGCAGUGUGUUGCCAAGGUUGCAGAUAACAACGGACGUUUGGAAAGCUAUCGAGUAGACCAAUUACAGUUACUAAAUACUUGAUGUCGGCGACCUAUCACCGAUGGCUGCGUACGUCCAGGAAUUAAUUGGAAAAACAGUCGCACAGAUUAUAGUCAGUUACAAAUUAAGAAAAGUAUUUGAGGGAAAGGAGGGCUGGGGAGGAGGAAGCAAACGGAAUGCUGGAGAGGAGAGAAGGAAACCUUCUCCUCAGCCUUCCUUUCCCCUCGAAAUCAUUUCUUAACCUGUAAAUGACUAUAGAACCUACUGGAGGACAUGAUGUCGGUUCAUCACCGAUGGUUCCGGGGGUGACUAGGAACCACUUCUGGUUCGUAGUCAUUCAUGCCCAUCGGUGCUUGUCUGUCGUAACGAAUACUUGCUCAGUCGGGACAAAUAACGGCCUUUAGAAUGCACCUCUUCGUUCUCUGGUACCGCAUUACUGCGUUUCCUACGAUAACCUGCGUUGGGGGCUGUGGGUGUGCAGAAGUGCUGACCUCUCGUAGUUAGACGUCCGAGAUAUCUGUCCAAAGGUUGUUGUGAUGAGGUGUCUGUCAACGGUUACCGUUGGUUGUCAGUGGUUGCCAGUGUUCCAGCGUUUGCAGGAGCCCCAGUUGUAGCCGAAUCCCAUUUACGACAACCUUUCGUAGCCGUUCCUUUGUCCAUUGGCACUACCUAAUUUCCACUGAUAGUUUGGAUGGUUGACAGGGGAUUACUUUUGUGAGGGUGGGUUUGCAGAUGCAGCUUUAAACUGGAACCAGUGACCGUGUCAGGCUUGUUGACCGCACCCUGCAGCAAAGUGCGAGACUUGCGCUUGGGAUGUUUUGCCUCCUUGCACUGAAACGUUUCACUUAUGGUUGCCAAGCGGCGGUGGUGCACGAAAAAGUGCAUUUGUGUUCUGCCCUAGUUUAACUCGUCUACGGCUGUGCUCAUUACCAGCCCUAUGUCGUCACUGGUUAGCGUGUACCAUACGUUGUGAUUGGCGUGCAUUUGUCUGAGAAAUCUCGUUUGGACAGGGAGGUUUGGUGGAGCAUGGCUCAGUCCAUGGGGAUGGAAGGUGUCUUUGGGGGGAGGGGGGACCGCCCCUUCACAUUUUUAUGGAGCGGCCAAGGCCGUUGACGUUUUAGGUAUUUAUAUUUCGUGGCUGGUGGCUUUGGAUACGUUGGGGUUGCCGACCCCGGCUGCGACUUUACCUUCUUUGCCUCUCUCUCGAUUGUUUGUGAAUUGAUAAACAUCUGCCUCUGUUUUUCUGAAGAGUAAGGUAUUGUGCCACGGUUGCAGACGUGGUGUUUACACAAUGGGGUACGAGAACUGGGGGCGACUGGAAGGAACGUCCAUUACAUAGUGCUGGUAGUGGCCUUGGAUCCGUGGCGGUCUCAGUACCUGCAACUUUAUUUGGAGCGAGCGUAGCACACCGCAAUCUUCCUCUUUGCUUUGCCAGACUCUUGGAUACAUUGCAUGAUCUCGGAUUUAGGACCUGCGGUGCAUCACCUUUGCCGCAAUUUUAGAGGAACGCUCGUUGAGAUGGCUCAUUGUGCAACAUGGGUCGGCCUUUGAUUUUUAGGGUAAAGACGAGACGUCACUUCUGUUCGCCAUUUUGUCGACUUUUGCAUUGACCGAGAUUGGACGCGUACGAGAGCCUUGGGUUUGUGUUCAACUAGCCCUUCUGUUUGGGUUACACAGGUUCAGCUGUGGUAUGGUACAGGCCUCUGUGCGUGUGUUUUCCAACUUUUUGUGCCUUGCGGCAUUCUUGUUACCGGGAGGCCUGAAGCCUUUACAUAUGCACACUCGCCGUAAUGCACCUGGGCUCCCUUGACAUUGGGCCGUACUAAGGUUGCUUGACGCAAGGUUGGAAAAUUUGCAUGCAGGUCAUCUUCACCUUCCUUCGGCUGUCCGUGAUAGAACAAAAGGACAUUGUAGGGUUGGUUUUUGUGCAAACCCAUAUGUGCUUGAGUGACUGUGACCCUUUAACAAUGUUCCCCUUCAAAGUGAAAAAAAAGGAAAACUUGUCUUCACCUUAUGAAUGUACAAAGAAUGUUUCUGACAAUUGCGACAUGCCGCGUUGGUACUGCCAAGCAAUACAGCACCAAAAAUGGGAGAAAUGGCGGUCAUUAAAAGAAAUAACUUUGGAGUUUUCAUUAAAUAAUUUUAGUGUCUUUCUUUGGCAAACCAUUGUAGUUUAAGAAAGCACUGCGUGCAGGGCCGUUUUGAGAGGGUGCUUGUUGGUGACUUGAUCAACAACUUGUAUUCAUCAGUAGGAUGAGCCUUCGAUGUUCAAGCUGCAUGGUGGAAGACUCCUGUGAUAUUAUGCAGAAGCCUCUUUGGUAUCACCAAUUUUUUACCUCUACAACCAUGAGAGGGGCUACAUUUUGUAUUUUAGUUUGCGCACCUAAUUUAUUUUUGCUUUCACAAGUUUUUUUUUUUUUUUUUUUUUUUCACUCCAUGUUCUUAGUUCAUUGUAUUAAGUCAUGUCAUCUUCAUUUGUCACACAUCUCGCCUUUCUUUUUCCCCUGAAGAUAAUAAAUGCUGAGUUCUGUAA